AUGAGACUCUCUUCAAGCCUUCUACUACUGGCUGUCGGUGCCUCUGCACAAUUUUCGUUUCCUCCACCUCCCGGAGAUACAACAACAACUGAUCCCACUGAAUCGUUUUCAUUGACUGGUCCUCCACCUCCCGGAGAUACUACGACAACUGAUACCACUGAAUCGUUUUCAUUGACUGGUCCUCCACCUCCCGGAGAUACAACAACAACCGACACCACUGAAUCGUUUUCAUUGACAGGUCCUCCACCUCCUGUUGAUACUACAACUACUGAAUCGUUUUCAUUGACAGGUCCUCCGCCCCCUGGUGAUACUACAACCACCGACACAACAGGGUCGUUUUCAUUGACUGGUGCUCCACCCCCUGGUGAUACUACAACUACCGAAACCACUGACUCGUUUUCAUUGACCGGUCCUCCACCUCCUGGGGACACUGAUGGCGACUCUUUUUCAUUUCCUCCGCCUCCUGGUGAUACUGCUGGAGAUGGAUCUACUACUACAGAUUCCACAUCAAUAAGUGACCCCAGUCUUCUUUCACCCCCAGACACUUCUAACUAUUACUUCCCCAAUAAGCAUGAGAAGCCAUUUGGUUACAAAUACCAUGGAGAAGAAAAGUGUGCUAUCAUUAAUAUUGCUAUGGAUGAGUCUGGUUCGAUGGUAACCGAACAACAGUUCAUGAGAGAUCGAGCCGUGAACAAGAUGGUAAGGUUCUUGAAUGGGAACAAGCAUCAGUUUGACAAGGUCUUUGUUUGUUCGAACGGAUUUGGAAACAAUCCUGGAGGAAACCCGGACGCAGAUCCAGAAGAUGGAUACCGUCACCUUGGAUGCUCCUUGGGGUACGAUCGAACCAUUUUGCAAUGGAGCUACUGGAAUGAGGGACGUAACGAAGAUGGCUACGCUGCCACCAUCAAGUCCAUUAACAAUGUUCCUGAAGUCAUUGGCGGAGUGAACAUCACUUCGACUUGCAGGACCGCAGCUUUGAAUAUGAUCUUGGUCACUGAUGAAGACCGCGAUGCUGUCACUGAAGUCACCAAGGACGAUGUCCGACAGCGCCUUACCGAGACUGGGUACAUUUACAACAUUGUUGUCAAUGUCUUUAUCAAGAAUGAUGCUGCCAACAUCAUUGGUAUGCGCUACAACUACAACGCCACCGACUACCCCAGGCUUACCAUGCCCAUUCUUGAUCGUGAGACUGGUACUUUCCGUUUCUAUGGCGGAGGAGACAUCCCCAAUGAAAUCUUCUCGGCCAAAAUGGAGGACGGAGUCAUCCAUGGCGAAUAUGUGGAAGAAAUGGACCCUUCCUUGCUAUACAAGGAACUCAUGACCAAUGGACACGGCCACACCAUUGAAGACUACGGAGAAAUCAUUGAAGGUACCAAGGGAACCAUCUUUUCCAUUCGAACCAUGCGCAAGGGUACCAGGGGAGACGUUCCAGGACUCUCCGAUGCCUUUGCCAACGCUCUUGUUGAUAUCAAGAUUUGCGAAAUGACUCGAUGUCGCGAUCCUGAAAUCGGUGGAGAUCCUCACAUUACAACUUGGAAGAAUGAACACUAUGAGUUCCACGGGCAAUGUGAUCUCGUCUUGGCCAAGGAUCCAAAAUGGGGCGGUGGCCUUGGAUUGGAUGUCCACAUCCGUACCAAGAUUGUUCGUUACUGGUCCUACAUUCAAGCGGCUGCCAUUCGUAUUGGCGAUGACAUCUUGGAAGUGGAAGGCGGCACCGAGAUGAACACGGAGCCAAAGUUCUGGGUCAACUUUGAGUAUUUGGGCGAUCUGACUACCUUUGCCGGCUUCCCAGUCACUCAAGAUUCCAACAAGAUCCACCGUCGGUCCUACACAAUCGACCUGGACUCCAAGUACAAGGGCAAGAAGAUUGUGAUCGAUUUAUAUCGAGAGUUUGUCCGCGUCAAGCUCGAUGGUGGCUUGGAAACCUUUGGUAACACUAUCGGUCUCUUGGGAGACCCACGCUCUGGCGCACUAUUAGGAAGAGACGAACACACCGAGUUCAAUGACUAUGUGGACUUUGGAAACGAGUGGCAAGUCCUUCCAGCGGAUGGAAUGCUGUUCCAUGAAACUUCCCAUCCCCACUUCCCCGAACGCUGUAUUGAACCUGAAGAUCCUCAAGGCGAGCGUCGUCGUCGUUUGGAUGAAUCGUCCAUUACGAUUGAACAAGCUGAAGCCGCCUGUGCUUCCCUGAAGGACCCACUGAGCAUCAAGGAUUGUAUCUACGACGUUGUGGCCACACAAGACUUGGACAUGAUCGGAGCGUUCUAA